AUGGAAAUGCUAUCAGGCAACACUUCACUUCCUGCUAGGAAACAGAGACCAUCCCUUUCUCUUUCAGCUACGGCUGCUUUUGGAAGAACUGCGACCCUGUAGCACACAUCUCAGUCCAGACUGGACCAUCUGCACCCUGAAGAUCAAGUGGGUCAGGAUCACCUGGCAUCAUUUAUAGCUCCGCCCUGCACACUCGAGCAGUUUACAAUGCAUGCAAGUUGCCAUUAUGAAUCAACGCAGCCAUGUCCAUCCAUGAGCACAAGAGACUGCCACUGCCCAGUAUGCCUGCAGACGGCAACAUUCCCAGUGCAGACCAACUGUGGCCAUUUAUUCUGUGCCAACUGUCUGCUCACCUACUGGAGACAUUGCUCCUGGUUGGACGCAGUCAGCUGUCCUCUUUGCAGACAGAAGGUCAGCGUGCUGUGUAAACUGUUUAACGAGAGUCGAUCAGAUCAGCAAUCCAAGAAAGUUGUCGGGGAAAUCACAGACUACAACAAACGCUACUCUGGAGCCCCGCGAAGGGUAACAGACUACCUCUGCGAUGCACCUCUUCUUCUGCAGUUACUGACUCGUGGACUUGGCACCAUGGGAGGUCUCGUCUGGCUCUUCCUCUUCAGGGUGGCCCUGUGCUGUGUGGGGACUAUGGUGUCCAUCUCAUCACCCCCUGUGGACCCCGUGUCUUCAUCGUCAAGUCCCCUGGAAACGGACCCCUCCCUUUGCGGACUGUUGGGGGUUCUGGAUGACCUGGUGGUGGUCAUUCUGCUGCUUCUCUGUGUCAUUAACGUCAACCAGCAAAUUACACCAGAAGGAGGACACUCUCCAAACAGGACAACCUCCCAGGGAGUUAUGGGGAGCUCGCUGUAGUUUAACGCUGCUCAACUGUCAGUAUAAGCAGUUUGAAAUGGACCUUUAUUGGAUUUCUACUCACCACCUCGUUGGAUUAGCAGAUUAGAGAAUAUUGACAAGGGCUGUUUGUUAACAGUGUGGCAGGCGGACGCCUCAGACUGUGGACUUCAGGCCUGCUUGUCAAGUGUUUACAGAGCUUAUGUAACUGUGGUUCAUUUAAAUGCAGUGUGCUGGUUCAGCUGUCAUUACAAAUCCUUAAAUUCCUGAGAUGACAAGUAUGUCAAAUGGUUGCCGUCUGUAAAUGUAUAAUGAAAAGGAAAGAAAUGUGUUAAUCUGUUGGAAAUGACUUGUAAAGCUCAACCUUUGCAGUUUAACCUGCAAAUUUAUGCCAGUACUGUGAUAUUUUCCCUGUAUAUAUAUAUAUAUAUAUAUAUAUAUAUAAAUAUGUAAUAUUGUAUGAAGUUGUUUUUAUGGAUUAAAUAAAGAAUAUUUAUUGUUCUA